ACCACCACCACCACCAUUGGCAACAGCAUCAAUUUCAACAUCACUAAUAAGUUAUGAAUGUUUGUAACCAAACCCGGAUGAAUAUUCGAGGAAAAGAACAACAGACAGACAGAUACACACAUGCGGGGGACACAGACACAGACACACACACACACACACACACACGCAUUGUAACAGGAAACGAAAAUUAAAAUGCUUUAAUGAGAUUCUCUGAAAUCUGUCGACAGAUCUUGGUUGUCAUUUAUCAGUUAUCAGUUGAAAAGUUUUGAGGAAUUUGGUUCACAGUGAAGAACCCUGAAGACAUGAAGAUCACAACAAUAUCCCUAGUUUCCCUUUUUAUUUUGGGUUUAUUCAGUUUCAUCUCCCUGACUCACUCAAAAAAAUGUGUUCACAAAAAUGGGGAUUGUGUAGCAGUAGACGUACAACACUGUAAAACUGCGUGCUCUGUAAUUCCAGAGAAAUGCAAGAAAGGAAUCGAUCGUUUUGGAAAAGGCAAAAAACACCAAUGCCAUUGCAAACACUUGAAAUAUUGCAAUGUCACCGACAAUGGUCAUUGUGGGGGCAAAAGAUGUAUCUUUGGCUACGAGGGACCAAACUGCCAAAAACGUUUAUACCAUGAAUUUCUCAAAUCUCAACCUGGCAUGGUGAUAUUCGAUGAGAGUACCAAUAACACGUGUAGAAAUAUAACACACCAGAACCAAUCAAUACAGUUCAAUCACGUCUACAGGAUCCACCAAAUUAGACUUCAUGGCAGAAUUUCAGACACAAUUACAAACAUCUUCGAUUCUGAUAACCAGACUCUUGAAUGCAAACCUACAAGAGGUGUGGCAACAGAACUAUUGUGUUCAGGAGACAUAACUACAGAUAAGAUUCGAAUUAUGGCCAAUAAUUCCUGCAUAGAAAAUAUUAAACUUUUUGGUUGUUCCCCUGGAUGGUUUGGUGAGGAAUGUACACAGGAGUGUCAUUGCCAAAAUGGUUCUGAUUGCCAUCAGCUGACAGGUGUUUGCCAAAAUGGAUGUGAGAAUGGAAGGCAUGGAGAAAAUUGCCAGAAUAUAAAUUAUGUAAAUAUUGCACUUGGUCGACCAGCAUCCCAAUCCAGUACAAAGAAAAAACGUUAUAUUUUUAAAGGUGAGAUGUGUCGAGACAGAAAAACAUCAAUGAAUGCUUCUUCAGUUGUGGAUGGGAACAACUUGAUCUUUGAAAGGAUGUGCAGUUCCACUGAAUGGGAGGAGAAUCCCUUUUGGAAGGUUAAAUUUGACAAGAAUUAUACAAUUUCUCAGCUGAGAAUAUCUACAGACAACUUAUAUGAAAUGACUGUGUACAUUGGUAACAACAAGAAGCCAUGUUUCCAACGUUCAAAGAAUCAUAAAGAACUGAGUUUAGAUGUUAUGUGUAGAGAACCACAGAUCGGAGAUUCUGUGACGAUAGCAAUCAAUGCUGAGCUUGUCAUCUUGAGUCUUUGUGAAGUUGAAGUUCUACAAUGUUUACCAGGGUUUUACGGGAAUCUUUGCCAUUCAAGAUGCAACUGUCAACAAAAAGAAUGUGACCAAAUUACGGGUUUGUGCAUCUAUGAUGCAUGCCAGGCACAGCUAGCAGAAUCAUUCUUGCAAUCGGGUGCACUGAUCGUAGUUUGUGUAAUUUUGCUGAUGAUUUCUCUGGUCAUUACAUAUAAGUAUUGCAAAAUUAAGAAAUAUACAGUCUGUAAGAAACGACUAUCAGAGGUCACUUUAGUAAGUUCAGUCCCAGACGACAUCCCUAUAGACGAGUCCGUUUACAUUCAGCCAAUAGCGACAGAACUAAACAAGCAAAAUAUUCUGAUUUAUGUCCAACAGAAGAAGAGAAAGCUUGAACCUUUUUCAAAAGAUUUCUCUGAUCUGCCUUGUAAUCUUCUUUAUCCAUGUACUGAAGCAAUAAAACCUGAAAAUAAAGACAAGAAUCGUUUCCAAUGUUUACUUCCUUACGAUCACUCUCGAGUUGUGUUGCAACCUGAUGCAAGCUCUUCAUCCGAUUACAUUAAUGCUUCUUACAUACAUAAUAAGAAAUAUAUUUCAACACAAGUGCCGACUAAAAAAACAAUGGUUGAUUUCUGGAGAAUGAUAUGGCAACGGAACUGUUCUGUAAUUGUGUUAUUCACGAACAACAAGCAGCCCAAAUCUAAACCUUUUGUCAGCCGCACAAUAACACAAUACAACUUCACUGGUUGGCCUGAAGGAAUGAAUCCAUCAAAACCAGAAUAUAUUCUAAACUUUCGCCAGAAAGUCAACUCUUGCAGUGAUUUGAAAUAUCCAAUUGUUGUUCAAAGCAAAGCUGGUGCUGGGUCUACUGGGGCGUAUAUAUGCCUUGAUAUUCUUCUGGAGAAAUUGGAACAAAACAAAGCUCUCAACACAGCAUAUAGCAUCAGAAGUUUAUAUAACGAAAGGUGUCUGAUAUUCACCAAACGGGCACAACUUGAAUUCGUUUACGAUGUCAUAACUGAGAGUAUGAUGACCUCUGGCUGUAGCAUCAACCUUAAUGAUUUAAAGAGUGAAAUCGACAGGAUUUCCGUCAAGGACGAAAUCACUUGUUGGUCAAUUGCAGACAGGCAGUUUAUGGAUAUCCUUCAGCCAGUCUGCCAGGGGAACAGCAUUCACUCUGAUCUGCUUGAGGAACUUUACAGUGAUGAACGCAAUAUGUCCACCACAAAUUUCGAAAUUUCUUUAAUUGAGGGUUAUGAGGAAGAUAAAUUCAUUUUAGCCAUAUCUCCAGAUCAAGAGGAAAUUCCUGAGUUUUGGAACAUUAUCACUAAAGAAAAGUGUUUGACUAUAGUAACAUUUAGAGACUUAUCCAAUGAAAACACCAGCUAUUUGCCAACGGCAAUUGGUCAGUCUCUGAAUUUUGGUCAAUUUGAUUUGGAAUUAAUUAAUUUCAUCGACAAAGAAUUAUUUCAAUGCAGUGUCUUGAGAGUUUCUUAUACCAAAGAGGAGUCAUACCAUUAUGCCAUUGUGAACCACUAUGAUGUGACCUUCUGGAAGGACAAAACCGAGCUGCCACCAUUUGAAACGAUGCUUAGUCUGGUGGACAUUGUCUCGCACCAAAACAGCGAGAAAAUGCCAAUAGCUGUGCAUUGUAGGGGUAAUUAUUUUAAGAGUGGUCUGUUCUGUGCCAUUUAUACUACAAUAAAUAUGGUAAAGGCCGAAGAAACCUGCGUCAAUAUUGCUCGACUUUUGCGGCAGAUGAAGAAAUCCCAACCCCUAAUUUUAACAGACCCGACGUUGUAUACAUACUGCUUGAAUGCGGUAAAAGCAUCUCUUCGUAACGAGUCUCAUUAUGCAGAAGUGAAAAAGUGAGGGACUGUCUCCUCCCCCACCUUACGGUCAUAUCUUGAAAGACUUUGGAACCACUUCAGUAUCAUUGUUGGUUACUACCAUCAAGAGAGAAAACUGACAUUAUUGAUCUUUCAUCAUUGUUUGCAUAACGUACUUAUACACAUAUAUACACACAUUCAAGCCAUCAAUGGAACUGCAAAAAUUUGUAAAACUUUCCAGACGGUUAGUAUCUGAGUAUAUACAUCCGAGUCUACAUAUGUAGCUACAUGGAUAUGCACAACUAUACACACAAACUUUGACAAAUAUCCUGUUCACGAUGAAAUUCCAAAGAAGAAGCCUCGGAGCUAGAUUAGAAACCAGCUCUUUCUCUGUUGACAAGAGAUCUUGAAAUAAAACUGAACAAUCACAUACAUUACACUCACCACACACAUAUACAUACAUACAUACAUACAUACUUACAUACAU